UCCUCAAUAAGUUUUAAUUUGGUUAGAUACUUCUAGUGUUUAUCCUUGGUCCAUGGAGGGUUCGCCAAAAGGGUUGAGAAAAGGUGCAUGGACUGCUGAAGAAGAUAGUCUCUUAAGGCAAUGCAUUGAUAAGUAUGGAGAAGGAAAAUGGCACCAAGUUCCUCUGCGAGCAGGGCUAAAUCGGUGCAGGAAGAGCUGUAGACUAAGAUGGUUGAACUAUUUGAAGCCGAGUAUCAAGAAAGGAAAACUUAGCUCUGAUGAAGUUGAUCUUCUUCUUCGCCUUCAUAAGCUUCUAGGAAACAGGUGGUCUUUAAUUGCUGGUAGAUUACCCGGUAGGACCGCUAAUGAUGUCAAGAACUACUGGAACACCCAUUUGAGUAAGAAACAUGAACCAGGCUGUAAUACCAAGAUGAGAAAAAGAAACAUUCCUUGCUCUUCAACCCAACCCGCCCAAAAAAAUGAAGUUCUCAAACCUCGACCUCGAUCCUUCACGGUUAACAACGGCUGCAGCCAUUUCAAUGGCCAGCCAAAAGUUGACGUUAUUCCUCUAUUCCUUGGAGUAAACAACACUAAUAAUGUUUGUGAAAAUAGUAUCACAUAUAAAAACGAUGCGGAGAAAUAUGAGCUCGUUAAUAAUUUAAUGGAUGGAGAGAACAUGUGGUGGAAGAGUUUGCUAGAGGAGAGCCAAGAACCAGGUGCGAUUGUUCCAGAAUCUACAGAGACAGAAAAGCUGGCAACCUCGGCGUUUGACGUUGAGCAACUUUGGAAUCUGUUAGAUGGUGAGACCGUGGAACCUGAUUAGUGUUACAACGUCGUUUGUUUGUGUUUUGUGUGUGCACUUACGUUGGGCAUUUAGUGUGCAAUUGUUUCCUAAUAACCCAAUUAGCUUAUGAUUUGUGUCCGUGUUUAUACUUUGCAAAAGAAAAAGAUAAUAUGGUUUGUAAAAUUUUGAAUUUUUUACACGUAACAAAUCCUUGUUAUG